CGCCUCCUCUUCCUAAGAUGGCAGCUGCUGCGGCGCCCGUUUAGCCGGUGCCGCGUGUCGUAGCAGCCCGGCAGCCCCCGCCCCAGGAGGGGUGAUCUUGGAGGGCAAAACAAGGAACCAGGUGUCUUUAAGUUAAAAGGUCCCCUUUAUGUCUCUACCCACCUUCCAUCAUGAGCAACGUUUCAGUGGAGAAGAAGAGCAAAGGAUUGAAAUUUGCCGAAAAGCAACUAAAGAGGCAUGGCUGGAAAAAAGGUAAAGGACUUGGGAAGCGAGAAAAUGGGAUCUCUGAAGCCAUAAAGGUCAAAGUGAAGUGUGACACAGCUGGGGUGGGCCACAACUCAGCUGAGCAGUUCACCUUCCACUGGUGGGACCACCUCUUCAAUGCAUCUGCUGCUAACAUUGCUGUCGAGGCUGAGCAGGACGGUGUCCAAGUGAAGGUCUCUGGGCAGGCUGGAACAAUAACUAAUAAAAAGCCCCGUAAAGCGCAAGUGGGGAAGGACAUGCUCUACGGCCGCUUUGUGAAGGCAGCCACGUUGACAUCUGGCGGAGAGCAGCCCUUGAACCCGGCUCCCUCUUCGGACAGCAGCGAUGAGGAUGAGAAGCUUGACCUGUCCACGGCUAGGAGGCUCACUGAUGAAGAGCUGGUCCAGGCUUGUGGGGGCAGAACAGCCCACAAGGGCGCUCGACACGGCUUCACCAUGAGUGCCAAGUUAGCCCGGCUGCAAGAGCAGGAAAAAGCUUUCUUGGCAAGCCGCAUCCAGCAGAAGAAGAGCGAGCCGGAGGCCGGGGAGGAGGCAGCCUUGAAGGGCAGCAGCUGUGUGGAUAGAGAACGGAAGCGAGCCAAGAAGGGCAAGGAGAGAGAUGUAGGUGCUGGAGCUGAGGAGAGCCUGGAAGGGACAGGAGAGGAGGAGGAGGAGGAGCAGGAGGAGGAGGAACCCAGAAAGACGAAGCUGAAGAAGAAGAGGAGGAAGAAGAAAAGGAAGCUGCAAGAGCAGAGGGGAGGGAGGGAGGACAAGGAGCUGCCGGCAGAAGCCACGGAGCGGGAGGACAGUUGGGCCGGAGCUGCCACUCGCAGGGGGAAGAAGGCAAAGAGGGCAUCGCAGUGAAGGGGGAGGGGGGCGCAUGCCCCAAUUCCGGGAGCCCCGUUCUUCUGGCGACGUCCUUUGUGAACGGCGUUCGGCCCAGUUGGCUCAUCUUGUGACACGGAGACCAGCUGACGUAUCAUCUCCUUUUUAGUAAAAAUAAAAUAAAAAACACU